AUGUAUGGCUCAAUGAUAGUGCCGCCACCACUGCCUAGUAAUGUCCCUCGCCCACCCCCCUGUGUAUCCAUCCCCACCCCUCCAGUCAGUGCCGCAGGAAAGGGUAACUGCAAUAGUGCAGCUGCUAAAAGCAGCAAUGGCUCCCUACUAGACAUGACUGAUAUGUUUAUCACCAAUAAAAAAAUUUCAAAAUCCCCACAACCACUGGAGUCACGCUCUAAAGAAGCCCCAAUAGUGGAGCAUGAUGUGAAAACAGCCCCAACGGGAGCCCUGCUAAAUAACGAGAAGACUUUACCCAAGCUUAAGACGCCUGACGGCACAACUCUCCCAUCCAGUGUCUCAGCUGGAGCACAUAUCAAUGCUGAUCCUAAGACGCUGCCAUUACGCACUGCGAUAAUCACGACGCCCGACACAGAAAAGACGGUACCGCACACUGUAGUAGAAAAAAACCUGAGUUCUGGAGAGGUCGGCGUUGUCAUUGCCCCGACCACCUCGUCCAGCUUGAUUAUCACGCCUCCGCUACACGUAUGUAUUGCUCCCCGCACACUGGUGAUGAACAAUGAGGUGCAUACAGUUGUAAUUCCUCCAGCUUCGACUACCGUGUUGCUGCCACGGCACAGCGCCCAGCACAAAAGGAAAAGUCAGAAUUUUAGAGGAUCAAAGCCGCCCGCGGCGACAGGGGUGACAAAAGAUAAGCUUACAGCUAAAGCAAUCCAAAAAGAGACACAAGAACAGCUUAUGUGGGAAAAUUUGUACGAUCUCCGGCCUUCCCCAUCAGCUACGUUCCACCAUAUUGAUCCCGAGUCCACGUGUGGCUCAGAAUUAUUUAUAGGGCACACUAGAAUAAGAAGCUCAGACGAAAAAUGGCGCGGGGUGUACUGGAAGCAUGUCGAUGUGCACCGUUAUAUUGCACGACACUACUUUGGUGAGCCGCCGAAAAAGAAGUAA